AUGGACGUCGCCCAGGCGGUCUCAGGAUACAUCAAUAAGGUGGUCGCGACGAGCGAUACGUCGUCCGCCAGGAUGAAAAUUCUCCUACUUGACAGGGAGACUGUUCACAUCGUGUCAACUGCCGUCACCCAGUCAGCUCUCCUCAACCAUGAGGUUUAUCUUAUCGACCGCCUAGACAAUGCAUCUCGUGAGAAGAUGCGACACUUGCGAUGCCUCUCCUUUGUCCGGCCAUCGCCUGAAUCAAUCCAGCUACUCAUAGAUGAAUUGAGGGAUCCCAAAUAUGGCGAAUAUCAUUUGUACUUCACAAAUGUAGUCAAGAAGUCAUCUUUGGAACGGUUGGCUGAGGCAGAUGAUCAUGAGGUGGUCAAACUGGUGCAAGAGCACUUUGCCGACUACACAGUCAUCAACCCGGACCUCUUCUCAUUCGGCUUCACUCUACCACAACAGCGCAUAUGGGCCGGGAACCCAGACACUUGGAAUCCUGACUCGCUCCAGCGGUGCGCACAAGGUCUCAUCGCCGUACUGCUGUCGCUCAAGAAGAAGCCAUUAAUUAGAUACCAGAAGACCAGUCCGCUAGCCAAGAAGCUUGCAUCAGAGGUUCGAUAUCUUAUGACACAAGAAGACUCAUUAUUCGAUUUCCGAAAAGUCGAUACCCCUCCCAUUUUGCUCGUGCUGGACCGUCGCGAAGAUCCAGUGACACCGCUGCUCACGCAAUGGACAUAUCAGGCUAUGGUCCACCACCUCUUGGGUAUUCAGAACGGACGCGUCAAUCUGAGUGAUGUUCCGGAUAUCAGCCCAGAGCAGAAGGAGAUUGUUCUAUCACAAGACCAGGACCCGUUCUUCAAGAAAAACAUGUUCCUGAACUUUGGUGAUCUUGGAGGUAACAUCAAAGAAUAUGUUGGGCAGUUUCAGUCCAAAACGAAGAACAAUGAGAAUAUCGAGUCAAUAUCCGACAUGAAGCGGUUUAUCGAGGAAUACCCAGAAUUUCGAAAACUCUCUGGCAAUGUCAGCAAGCACGUUACUUUGGUGUCAGAGCUCAGCAGACGCGUGGCAGCCGAUAACCUGCUCGAAGUCAGCGAGUUGGAACAAAGUCUGGCGUGCAAUGAUAAUCACGGAACUGAUGUUAAGAAUAUCCAGCGACUUAUCCAGUCGCCAAACGUCACGCCGGAGAGCAAAGUAGGCCUCGUUGCUUUGUACGCUCUCCGUUAUCACAAGCACCCGUCAAACGCCUUGUCCAUGCUUACUGAUCUUCUCGUUGCUGCUGGAAACGUGUCCCCGCGAGACGCAGACAUGGUUAGCAAAUUGACAACAUUUCACACAUCUCUCCAAGCGUCACAGUCUCAGGGUGGAAUUUCGGAGAUCUUCGAAUCGGCUGGCAUUUUCUCUGCUACCUCAAACCGCUUCAAGGGCCUUAAGGGCGUGGAGAAUGUUUAUACGCAGCACAGUCCACUUCUUGAAACUACUCUGCAGAAUUUGAUCAAGGGGCGACUCAAGGAUCAACAAUAUCCUUUUGUUGAGGGCGGCGGUUCUACCAAGGAUAAACCACAGGAUAUCAUCGUGUUCAUUGCUGGCGGUGCAACUUACGAGGAGGCCAAGAUGAUUGCGGAACUGAAUGCGUCCAGUCCAGGCGUUCGUGUUGUUCUGGGUGGUACCACGAUUCACAACUCAGCGACGUUCCUAGAGGAGGUGGACGAUGCUGUUGGUUCAUGGCCUGAGAGCCGAGGUAGAAGGUAA